CUUAUUUUGCUUAAAACUAAAUACAUCUGGACACUUUUCUAUCUUAAUGGAUGAUAUUUUGGAUAUUACAGUUCAAUUUUCAGGAGGGUUACAGACCCUAUUUGGUAACAAAAAUACUCAUCAUAUUCAAAUAUUACUAUCCGAUCCUGCUUUAAAAGGUAACCCUCCUAACAUUGCUUAUUUGAUACAAUUUUUAUCUGAAAACCUCAUGAAUGAUGCUCGAAAAAACUUUUUCAUUAAAGAUGAUACUGUACGUCCUGGUAUUCUUGUUCUUAUAAAUAAUGAAGAUUGGGAAUUAAAUGAUGAAAAGUAUUAUAUACUUCAACCUAAAGAUGAAAUUACUUUUAUCAGCACAUUACAUGGAGGAUAAUUAUAAAUAAAUAAAUAAAUAUCUCUUGAAAAUUAUUUUAUUA